GCUCUGCCGGCCAGUGCUCGCUUUAUAUACUACUGCUAUAUUUAGGACAUUUACUCGCGUCCGACUCUCAUCCUGGACGUGUUUCCUGAGGCCGCUGCAAUUGGCUCAAGCUGACGGCUACAUCCUACCAAUCGUAGGACCUGCAGCGCAACUCAAACCCAGUACUUAAUGAGAGCGCGGAGUGAGCGCCGCUAAACCCUGUGCCGAGACUCUCACACAAACCCUCGCCACGCCGGCUGGAGUUAUCUAUGCUAACUUUUUAGUAGUUUUUAAAAAAGUGAAACCCUUUCCGCCAGAGACAGAGAUGGCGAUGAUUCUGCCGUCCAUCUCAACAUUUGCAAUCCCCAAGGUCUAUGACAAGCAAGGUUUUUGCGAUAGGUGGAAAAGCGACUCUGGAGCCAAAUUGACUCCAAUCCAUUUCGCCAUGACGGAGCCCCUGCCCAAUUCGGGGGCAUACACAGGAGGCAGCAGUGACGAUGAUGAUCUCAAUCUACUGGAUAUGGAUUUUAUUUUGUCCCACUCCAGCGGCACCUGUUCCGCCGACGGUCAGGACUAUCUCUUGUCCACGGAAGAUAACGGCCACUACUACCACAAGAGUGACUGCGACUCAUACGUCCCACAAGACCAGUUCAGCACCAUGAGCUUCCCAACCUGCAGCCUGAUGGACGAACUGCUGCGCCCCGAUGCCACCCCGGAGUACUGCCAAUCCAACGCCAUCCAAGGUCGCUUCGUCUUCACUCAGGUCUUCCCGGCUGAAGCGGCGCCCAAGAUUCCCAAAGUUGAGCCGAGCAUGGGGGGCUACGGGGAGCCCAUGUGCAUGAUGCCAAGGUCGGCUUGUCUCAGGAUCAAACAGGAGGACCCCAUGUCGUGCAUGGUGGCGUACAACGAGCAGCAGCAGCGACUGGGCAGCCCAGCGCACGGCGGCGGCGGCGGGGGCAGCGUCACUCCUCCGCUCAGCCCCGGCGACCUGAUGAACUCCGAGGCUCACCAGAGCCAGCUGAUGUGCCCUCCCGGCUUGCCCUACCAGCCCGGCUACCCCUUCCCUCGCCACCAGUUGCACUACCCCAACCAGUACGGCCUCUUCGACGACUCGGUCAGCCUGCAGCCCAGCCCGGCGCCGAGGGCCAUGUUGACACCGCCCUCCUCGCCCCUCGAGCUUCUGGAUAGUAAACCCAAGCGGGGCCGGCGUUCCUGGCCCAGGAAGCGGACAGCGGCGCACACCUGCACCUACAGCGGCUGCGGGAAGACCUACACCAAGAGCUCGCAUCUCAAAGCCCAUCUCAGGACACAUACAGGUGAGAAGCCCUAUCACUGCACUUGGGAAGGUUGCGGCUGGAAGUUUGCCCGCUCCGACGAGCUGACCCGUCACUACCGCAAACACACGGGCCACCGCCCAUUCCAGUGCCAGAUGUGCGAGAGAGCCUUCUCCAGAUCCGACCAUCUCGCUCUACACAUGAAGAGACACAUCUGAGACCACAAGCAGCAAAUUCUCUGGUAACUUCAGAAAGUUCAGACUUUUACCCGAAUGCGUCUUUUCACAAGCAAGGACAUUAUUUAAGAACCAACGGACGGCGAACGUUUCACUGGGGAUCUGUAGCUGGUACUACCGCCCUGGAGAGGGGCUACGGUCGGAGACUUUGGGCCGGGGAGAGGUGACACGGAGCGAGCCGUGGUCCUGACGAUCCGUCUUCAACAUACACGCGCGUCCCCAACUCGCUGGGUACCUCAAUGGGUAUACGGACUGGACGGGAUGCUUCUGAGUGCGAAGCAGAUCAACCCUGCCGCUUGUUUGAAGGGCUUUGACGAGGUUACACACAGAAAGUCGCCACUUUCUCGUAACCGAGGGAAUUCGGUUCAUUAACGGAACUCGGCGCAUCUCACUUGCCCCAGUUGUAGCCGGGUAAUAAGCUUCGAAACGAAUUUUGUAUCAUUCAUGUGUGUUCUAUUGCGUUGAGUUUUGAGGCGACCCGGCGACGGGUCUGAGCGAAUGUUGAGUUUGUCCGACGACCACUGGGACGAUGUUUCAGCCCAGCAGAGAGUAUCUGUGGUGCGCAUCUAUCUGCCCACCUCCGAGUCACACUAUACAGGGCUAGAUGUCUUGUAAUUGAGAAUUGUAUUUUUCAUGUUGUUAUAAAUAUAUUAUUUUGUAUUAAAAUUAUUGUAUUAUA